UUAACAGUGAUAAUUGCUUACAUUAAAUUCAAAUAGUUUUUUCGAAUACAAGUAAUAAGCGUUAUUAUAAAAAUUAGAAAAUAUUGUUUUGAACACAAAAAAUAAAGUUUUGGAACACAUAGCGUUCUAUAGGACUUGAUAGGGCUAUAAGCGAGCAGUAGGGAAAACGGCAUGAUACAGUUGAAAUUGUGAUUUUGUUUAUGAUAUAAAUAUAAUAUUUAACAGCAUCAUGAAGCUAGUAAGGUUUUUAAUGAAACUUAGUCAUGAGACUGUAACGAUAGAAUUGAAAAAUGGCACUCAGGUACACGGAACUAUUACCGGAGUUGAUGUAGCAAUGAACACACAUUUGAAGACUGUAAAGAUGACGAUAAAAAAUAGGGACCCUGUACAAUUAGACACAUUAAGUUUACGAGGCAAUAAUAUAAGAUAUUAUAUAUUGCCAGAUUCUUUACCUCUUGAAACGUUACUUAUAGACGAUACACCAAAAGCAAAAGCUAAAAAGAAGGAGGCUGCACGAGGAGCAGUGCGUGGUCGAGGCCGGGGUGGUCGAGGCACUAGGGGUGGACGUGGUGGACGAGGAAGAGGAAGAGGCAGGCGAUAGUCGUAUUAUAUUUUAAUAAGAAAAUUCCAAUUAAACUUUUACUUAUUAAGA